AUGAUUCCCAAUAUUCCAGUCAAUGCCCGAUGGGCACAGAAUGGAGUGACUGUUGCUGGCGGUCAUCGAUGGGGCAGCGCCACUAAUCAACUUCACAACCCUCGCGGUCUCGUCGUUGAUGAUGAUCAAACAGUGAUUGUCGCUGACCGGGGCAAUGCGCGUAUUGUCCAAUGGAAGUUGAAUGAUACGAAGGGACAAGUAGUGGCUGGUGGUAAUGGCAUAGGAAGUCGAUUAGAUCAACUGAAUUAUCCAACUGAUGUUUAG